CAUCUUGUUUACUUGAAGAGCAUUACUCGACAACUUUUUAAACAGAAGAAGAAAAAAUUACUGUCUGCAGAUUUUUGCCAAACAAAAAAAAAAGCAAACAUUUUUAAAGUUUUAUAGUCGAGAAAAAUAAGAACUACAAAAAUAAUGACGGUAACUGAAACUCAAGUCAAAGAUACCGAAAUGGAGGUUGAUCCUUCCGAUGAAAGUUCAAAUGCUGAUGGCAAAAAAGAUCAAGAUGUUGUGCAUAUUUUAGAAAUCCGGGAGCAUAUAAGAAAAAUUGAUAAAGCUGUGAUUAGCAAUGAAUAUCGUUUUAUUGCGCGUGUUUUAAGAACACUGCCUAGCACUAGACGUAAACUGAAUGGUGUUGUAUUGCGUUACUUGGCUACCAUUGUUUAUCCCACUGGAGCUGAUCGUGAGGCCGCUUUAGCUUUUGCUCCUGCCGUACCCGCGGGCACACCCGAGCCUAAGGUACAAAAAGUACGUCCGGCCACUGCGGCUCCCAUAAUUGAGAUUGAUGCAUAUUUCCAUUUGUUACUUUUGGUGAAAUUAAUCGAUGAUAAUGAGUUGAAAAAGGCUUCAGCUUGUUCUGAUGCUUUGUUGGCUAAAAUCCAGGGUCAAAAUCGUCGUAGUUUGGAUUUGAUUUUGGCUAAAUUCUAUUUCUAUCACUCACGUGUUGCUGAACUCACUAACAAUUUGGAAGGUAUACGUCCCUUCCUUCAUGCUCGUUUGCGUACUGCUACUCUGCGUAAUGAUUUUGAGGGUCAAGCUGUUCUAUUGAAUUGUCUAUUGCGCAAUUAUUUACACUAUUCUCUCUACGAUCAGGCCGAUAAAUUGGUUAAGAAAUCAGUAUUUCCCGAAUCAGCCAGCAACAAUGAAUGGGCUCGUUUCUUGUACUACUUGGGUCGCAUAAAAGCCGCUAAAUUGGAAUACAGUGAUGCUCAUAAGCAUUUAGUGCAGGCUUUACGUAAGGCACCUCAAAGUGCUGCUGUUGGUUUCCGUCAAACUGUACAGAAACUUAUUAUUGUGGUAGAACUGCUGUUGGGUAAUAUACCCGAGAGACAAGUUUUUCGUCAAGCUGCUUUAAGGAAAUCUCUUGCUCCCUAUUUCCAGCUAACACAGGCUGUACGUUUGGGUAACCUUAAGAGAUUCGGUGAAGUAGUCGAGAACUUUGGUCCCAAAUUUCAGCUAGAUCACACCUAUACGCUUAUCAUACGUUUGCGUCACAAUGUCAUCAAGACCGCCAUACGUUCGAUUGGUCUCUCCUACUCGCGCAUCUCACCCUCAGAUAUUGCCAAACGUUUAAUGCUAGACUCGCCGGAAGAUGCUGAAUUUAUAGUAGCUAAAGCUAUACGCGAUGGAGUUAUAGAGGCUACUUUAGAUCCUGCCAAUAACUAUAUGCGCAGCAAGGAAAGUACUGAUGUCUAUAGUACCCGCGAACCACAAUUGGCUUUUCAUGAACGUAUUUCAUUCUGUCUUAAUUUACACAAUCAAAGUGUUAAGGCUAUGCGUUAUCCACCCAAAUCAUAUGGUAAGGAUUUAGAAAGUGCCGAAGAGCGUCGUGAACGUGAACAACAAGAUUUAGAAUUGGCCAAGGAAAUGGCAGAGGAUGAAGAUGAUGGUUUCUAAACUGCUAACAUUUAAUUCAUAUGCAUAAUAUUUUUUAAUUUUUGCUUGGAAGCUGUGCUUUAUAACAAACAACUUCUUCUUCAUAUAUAAAACAAAAUAUUUAACAUUCAGAAAAAGUAAUAAAUGAAGUUAAUUUUUUUUUUAACGUC